AUGGAUAGCUUUAGAAAAGCCUAUGGGGCGCUCAAAGACUCCACCACUGUUGGCCUAGCCAAGGUCAAUAGCGAAUUCAAGGAUUUGGAUAUUGCAAUUGUCAAGGCCACCAACCAUGUCGAAUGUCCCCCGAAAGAAAGGCAUGUUAGAAAAAUUUUUGCUGUGACAUCUGUAUCUUGCCCGAGAGCUGAUGUUGCAUAUUGCAUCCAUGCACUGUCUAGAAGACUGGCAAAGACGCACAGUUGGAUUGUUGCCAUAAAGACAUUGAUAGUCAUUCAUAGGACAUUAAGGGAGGGAGAUCCUACCUUCAAAGAGGAGUUUCUAUACUAUUCUCGUAGAGGACAUUUAUUUCAAAUCUCCAAGUUCAAGGAUGAUUCGAGCCCUCAAGCUUGGGAUUGCUCUGCUUGGAUCCGAACAUAUGCACUCUUUUUGGAGGAAAAGCUCGAAUGUUUUAGGACCUUAAAAUAUGACAUAGAGUCGGAACAAUUGAUCAAAACAGCUGCUGGAAUAUCUAAGAUACGUAGUCGAACGCGGAUCUUGAAUGCUGAACACCUGUUGGAGAUGUUACCUUCAUUGCAGCAGCUUCUCUACCGCCUAGUUAGUUGCCAGCCCCAUGGAGCAGCUUGCUACAACUAUCUCAUCCAGUAUGCCUUGGCCCUGGUAUUGAAAGAAAGCUUCAAAAUAUAUUGUGCGAUCAACGACGGGAUCAUUAAUCUUGUCGACAUGUAUUUUGAUAUGGCCAAACAUGAUGCUGUCAAAGCUCUCAAUAUUUACAAAACAGCAGCUAAACAGGCAGAACAUCUAGCUGAUUUUUAUGACUUCUGCAGAACUUUGGACCUUGCUCGUACCUUUCAAUUCCCUAUCUUGAGACAGGCGCCUCCCUCAUUUCUCACAACUAUGGAGGAAUAUGUAAGGGAAGCACCUCAGACAGGUGCAAUGUCAAGUAAGAGACUGGAGUAUGAAGAGUAUCCAAAGCCUGAAGAAGAGACUCAGAAACCUGAAGCAUCAACCCCCGAAGAAAGCGAAAAUCUAGUUGCAGAAGUUGAAAGUGAAGAAGAGCAGGUUGAUGCACGAGAGGCGUCUCAGACUGAAUAUGAAGAGGAAAAUAGACCACAAAUAUCAGCUGAAGAGCCUGUUGAUCUUCUGGGUCUGAAUGAAGUAAAUCCGAAAGCCCUUGAAUUAGAGGAAAGCAACGCAUUGGCUCUUGCCAUUGUUCAACCCGGCAAUGAAGGACUUUCAAUGCAUAAUGCAUGGAGUGAAAUUGGAAAAACUUCAGGAUGGGAGUUGGCACUAGUUACUGCACCCAGCAACAAUAAAAGCCAGGUGGCAGAUACCAAAAUGGCUGGGGGGUUCGACAAGCUAUUGCUCGAUAGCUUAUAUGAAGAUGAUUCUGCCCGGAAACAAUUACAGCUGCAGAAUGCAGGCUACAAUACCAGCUAUGGACACGAAAUGGCCGUACCAAAUCCAUUGGAUCAACAAGACCCCUUCACCAUGUCGAAUAACUUUGAGCCACCAAUAAAUGUGCAGAUGGCAUAUUUGUCCCAACAACAGCAAAUGAUGAUGCAACAGCAGAAUCAAACGAUGAUGCAGCAGCAAAAUAUGAUGGUACCAUAUCAACAUACAACUCAAUAUUCUCAAUCACAAAUGCCACAAAUGGCAUCCUCAAACCCGUUUGGAGAUCCCUUCGUCUAUCCACAGAGUGCUAUGCCACCACAGGGAAACCAUACAUUACUUUAG